GGAAAAGUACCAACAGCUACAGGAGCGUUCGAAACGGCGUGACACGACGGCGAGUACAGACAAAACGCCGCCACAAUCUGCAGCUUAAGGUGGCUCAUUCGCUUCCCACUUACUGAGGAAAGGGGUCACCCCGGUAAUUUAAAGGGUAAUUUUCUAUAUAUACACAUACAUAAAUAAAUACGUUUAAGUGUAAUAAACACAGAUGAAAGAACACGAGAACCCUGUUGAAAAUUGAAGCUUUAAUGUUCUUAUAACCCUUCUACAAGACAGAAUUAGGGCUUUGAUAAUCACCCUAGAAUUAAAGAGGCUGAUGGAACUAUGAACACCAUAUAAAGAGAAUGCCAGGGGUACCUCUUGUCCGUGAAACUACGAAUAGUGUUUGCAAUUGCAGUUACUCUAGAACUGCAGAUCACAUGUGCCGUGAGGACACCUGUGCGCAUUUGUCCCUGGAAGAGCAAAUUGCAGCUGAGGAGAGCCUGUCGAUCUAUUGCAAACCGGUUGAGCUAUACAAUAUUCUUCAGCGCCGUGCAGUUAGAAAUCCAUCCUUUCUACAAAGAUCUUUGCGGUACAAAAUCCAAGCAAAGCACAAGAAGAGGAUAAAAGUUACAAUAUCUCUACCCACAACUGUAAAUGAUGGAUUUCAAAUUCAAAGUCUCUUUCCCCUGUGUAUAGUGUUAGCAAGGCCUGUUUAUUGCCCAGCAGUUGCUGAGCACUCUGAAGUUUAUCGUUUUAAUCGAGCAUGUAUUUUAACAACCUCCACUGGAGCUCAAGGGGCAAAUCAAGAUCAUGGAACAUUUGUUCUCCCUGAGAUUAAUAAGCUAUCAGCAGAAGUCAAGCCUGGCUCUCUUUCCAUCUUGUUUGUCAGCUGCUCCGAAUUUUUCAAAGACCAGAUGGACAUGUCAUCAUUGCCUGACAAUGUCGGAGGACACUGCUUCCUGGGCAAGAUACCAAUGGAGCUACUUCACUUAUCAUGGGAGAAGUCUCCUGACUUGAGUGCGGGGGAGAAAGCUGAGAUGCUGUCAACAGUUGACCUGCACUCCUACUUCAUGAAGCAGACAAGCUAUUUGGGAGAAGACAAAUGCCUUUCAUUUCAGACUCCUCAUGUCGCGGAGGGCCCGGGUAAGUUGCAGCGACUUCAAGUGAGCAUUGCAGCAGAAGAAGUUGGAGCUAAAGAGAGAUCUUCUUAUGAUUCAUUCUCAUACAGUGACAUUUCUACCUCUUCAUUGCCUCAGAUCAUUAGGUUGAGGACAGGAAAUGUUGUUUUCAACUACAGAUACUAUAACAAUAAGUUGCAGAAGACUGAAGUGACAGAGGACUUUACAUGUCCUUUUUGUUUGGUGAAAUGUGUAAGCUUUAAGGGUCUAAGAUGUCAUUUAUCCUCCUCCCAUGACCUCUUCAACUUUGAAUUCUGGGUAACUGAAGAAUUUCAAGCUGUAAAUGUUUCUGUGAGAACUGACAUAUGGAGACCUGAGAUAGUUGCAGCUGGUGUUGACCCUCAGCAACAAAUAUUUUUCUUUUGUUCUAAGCCACUACGACGUACUAAAUUGAAGUGCCUAGUUCAAAGUUCAAAGCAUGUGCAUCCCUUAGUCUUAGAUUCAGAGUUGCCAGGAUCAAUCAAUCAGCUUCAUGACAAAACUGAUGAGUGUGUGGAACAUGAUGCAUUUGGUCUCAAAGUGUCAACUGUGAGAGCUCAGUCAUAUACAGACCCUGAAGGUCUCCAGUCAUCAUUACCCGGAAGCAACCUUACACCUCCUGCUAUACUACAAUUUGCAAAGACAAGGAAGUUAUCAGCUGAACGCUCUGACCCCAGAAACCGUGCACUCUUACAGAAGCGACAGUUCUUUCACUCUCAUAGAGCUCAGGUAAGAAUUUGUUUUGCUUUGUUUUGUACAUGGCACUCUUUUAAUUUUCAUGCCUGAAUGUAUUUUUUUGAUGAAAUAAAAUAAUCAAACUCAGAACUCCGAAAAUGUUUCUUUUUUAGAGUUCUCGCAAUUCAACACUAUACAGUUAUGGACAAAUAUAAAGUUUUUGGAUUCAGAAAAGCUUGAUCCCCAUUAUGUGGUUUACCAUUUAGCACUAUUUAACAUUUGGAGAUUACGAUCUAGAACUACCCUCCAUGCUAGGUUCGGGUAGUUAUCAAAUACUGCAAGUACCAUUGAUCGUGUAAUCUCGGUAGUGGAUCCCACUAAAACCCCCAUGUCGAAUUAUUUAUCAUCGCCUUGUUGAUGGAGAAGUUUAAGAAAUGCCGCCUUUAUGCCGGACAUCUCGCCAUCUCAUUGUCAGAUUUCAAGUUCAUCUUCCACUUUCAGCUACAUCUUUUGAAAGAAUUUUAAAUAUGGAAUUGUUCUUUUCUCACCUUUCAUUGCUAACAUGAAAUGAACAAUUUGGGACUUCAACGAUCUUAAAGUGCUUCCUUUUUUGGUAGUGACACUUUUUGAUGAGACAUUAAAAAUGUAAAGCCUGUCAAAUGAUAUAAUACAAAUGUGCUACUUUGCAGGAACACAUUGAUCAUCUAAAAGAUAAUGAAAUAAAUCCUUGCGUUUUCGGCUGUACCGAAUGUUAUUUUUUGCUUCUGUGGAACUAUGUUCAGAUUAUGAGUUUGUUGACUGUGCUUUAGAAUUUUCAAAUCUAUUUAUAUGAUAUCUACUUUACCUUUUUCUAGUUCUCUGCGUUCCUCUUCAUAAUUUGCUUGUGGUCCUUGACACUUGAAUAACAAUUGGAAGAAUGAACAGUUCAAGUAAUUCAUAUAAUGUUAUUACUUGUGAUCGUCCAUUCUCAGUACUCUUAGUGGUGUCAAAUUGUUUAACAUUAUUUUGUAGAGAGCUCGGGGAUGUCUAAUGCCUUGCAUCACUAUAUUGUAUACAUGGGGUCCAAUUUUCUAAAGGAUAUUUUAGAAAUAUAUCUUCUUUCUGGUCUUGUUCUCUUUGAUGUCAGUUCAUACACACAUGACUAAUGAGUCUAGUAUUCAUGCUUUCCUACGCACGCUACAU